AUGCUCGAGAAGUCAUCGCUGGGCAAGAUCUCGCGCUCCAAAAUCCGCGCUGCACUCGAGAGUGGUCAAUUCGGACCGAUUGAGCGCGAAGACCAACAGCUCCUUGACAAAGACAGACAGCGCAAAUGGCGGGGGGCCGACACUGACAGCGAGAAGGUUGUGCAGGGCAUACUAGCCGACCUUUUGAAGAUGCCCGUUGCGGAGAUUGACGUGGAGACGUCCAUCUUCGACCACGGCGUCGACUCGAUGCAUCUCAUCCUUCUGAAAUCCAGAAUCCAGGGGGCGAUUGGCGGCCAGGUUGACAUGCCCAUGUCGUUCUUGCUGACAGAGCCAACUAUCGUCGCUAUCGCAUCCGCCAUUGACCGGCUCGUAUCACAUCCAAUCGUUUACACCCCGGUUGUGCCAUUGCAACAGAAUGGGUCUGGCACACCCUUGUUCUGUAUCCAUCCCGGGAGCGGAGACAUCCUCGUGUUCAUUGCUCUUGCAGCACACUUCCCGACCCGUCCCGUGUAUGCCCUCAGAAGUCGGGGUUACAAUCCUGGGGAAUCCUUCUUCUCUUCUAUCGAGGCGACUGCGGAACUUUACGCAGCAGAAAUCUGCAAGGCACAGCCGCAGGGGCCCUAUGCCAUUGCAGGCUACUCACUUGGAUCUACGCUCGCCUUCGAGGUCGGAAAGGUGCUCGAAAAACAGGGGCGAGAAGUAAGAUUCCUGGCUAGUAUCGACUACCCGCCACACAUUGCGCAUUACGUGCGCGGCUUAGAUUGGAUUGAUGUGCUUUCACACAUUGCAUUCUUCCUGGAGCUCAUUAACGAGGAGACCAUGAAAGACAUCACGCCCCACUUACACACACUCAACCGCGACGAAGCACUGUCUUACGUACUCAGAGUCGGCGAUACUGAACGUGCCAGUGCUCUCGCCAUUGGCGUUGAAAGGCUUGCGCUGAUCUCAGACAUUGCCGAGAACUUCCGUGUCAAUGUACAAAGCUAUGAACCUCUAGGCAACGUCAAUAGUCUAGACGUGUUUGUGGCGGACCCGCCAGCUUACGCGGCUCGUGACCGACAAGACUGGAGAGAAAACAAACUUGGACGAUGGGUCGACUUCACGCGGACAGGAGCAGAGUUCCAUAAUUGCCCGGGCAUUCAUGCAAAAAUGCUCAACAAAGAGCAUAUGGCUGACUUUGCGAAGAUUUUCAAAUCGGCCAUGAGGAUGAGAGGCGUCUAG